AUGGCCAAUCCUAAUCCCAUACCCGUCGCCUCAUCGUCACAGAACGUCCAGCUCUCCGCCCUCGACGGUCCCCACGCCGCCACGGACAUUACCAGUGCUCCUGCGCCUGCUGCUGUCCAGGGCCAGGGGAAGCAGCCCAAGGAGAAGAAAGAGAAGAAGGACAAGCCCGCUGCAAGCGCGUCCCAGUUCCCUCUCGAGCUUCAACCGAAGCCCGAGUUCUUCGACCACCGUAUUCAGAUAUUCGAGAAGCUCCAGGCUGAGCACACCGAGUGGGUCAAAGCCCAACCGCGGCAGGAGAUCACCGUCACCCUGCCCGACGGCUCAGAGCGCAAGGGCACAAGCUGGGAGACGAGCCCGAUGGACAUCGCCAAGGAAAUCUCCAAGGGCCUCUCGGAAAAAGUCGUCAUCGCCAAAGUCGACGGCACGCUCUGGGACCUCGAGCGCCCCCUCGAGGCGUCGUGCAAGCUCGUGCUGCUUGAUUUUGAGUCUGACGAAGGCAAACGCGUCUUCUGGCACUCGUCCGCACACGUCCUCGGCGAGUCGGCCGAGCGACACUAUGGGUGCCACCUGUGUAUCGGUCCGCCGACGGAGGACGGCUUCUUCUACGAGAUGGCCACGGAUCGUGGACGCUUCGCGACGCGCAGGCCGGUGUCGAACACGGACUACCCCGCGCUCGAGAAGCUCACAGACAUGGCGGUCAAGGAGAAGCAAAAGUUCGAGCGGCUCGUCGUGCCCAAGGAGACGCUGCUCGAGAUGUUCGCUUAUAAUAAGUACAAGAAGCACAUUAUCGAGUCCAAGAUCCCCGACGGCACGUCCACGACCGUCUACCGCUGCGGGCCCAUGGUCGACCUCUGCGUCGGCCCGCAUAUCCCGCACACGGGCAAGAUCAAGGCGUUCAUGGUCACCAAGAACUCGGCGUCGUACUUUUUGGGCGACGCGAAGAACGACUCGCUGCAGCGCAUCUACGGUAUCUCGUUCCCGGACAAGAAGCAGCUCACAGAGUACAAGGCGUUCCUCGCAGAGGCGGCUAAGCGCGAUCACCGCAAGAUUGGGCGGGAGCAAGAACUGUUCUUUUUCAACGAUCUCAGCCCCGGGAGCUGUUUCUUCUUGCCGCAUGGGACGAGGAUUUAUAAUACGCUGCUUGAGCUUAUGAGGGCGGAGUACAAGAAACGCGGCUAUCAAGAAGUCAUCUCGCCAAACAUGUACAACAACAAACUCUGGGAGACCUCGGGGCACUGGCAAAACUACCGCGACGGCAUGUUCCAGCUCGACAUCGAGAAGGAGAAGUGGGGGCUGAAGCCGAUGAACUGCCCCGGGCACUGCCUCAUCUUCGACUCGCGCGACCGGUCGUACCGCGAGCUGCCGAUCCGCAUGGCCGAGUUCGGGAUUAUCCAUCGCAAUGAAGCGAGCGGGGCGUUGACGGGGUUGACAAGGGUGCGGAGGUUUGUGCAGGACGAUGCGCAUAUUUUCUGUAUGCCGUCGCAGAUCGAAGCAGAGAUCGGAUCCAUGUUCGAGUUCAUGAAAGAGAUCUACGGCAACUUCGGAUUCGAGUUCUCGCUCGAGCUCUCCACCCGCCCGGAGAACUACCUCGGCGCGAUCGAGACAUGGGACUUUGCCGAGGCGCAGCUCACGCAGGCGCUCGACACCGCGUACCCGGGCGCGUGGCAGGUGAACCCGGGCGACGGCGCGUUCUACGGGCCCAAGAUCGACAUAACGAUCCGGGACGCGCUCAAGCGGAGCUUUCAGUGCGCGACGAUUCAGCUGGACUUUCAGCUGCCGGAGCGGUUUAAUCUGCGGUAUCGGGAUGCGGAGGACGGGGCGAAUCCGGAUGCGGGGAGGGCGCCGGCGAGGCCUGUGAUUGUGCAUCGGGCGAUUUUGGGGAGUUUGGAGAGGUUUAUUGCGAUUAUUACGGAGCAUUUUGGGGGCAAGUGGCCUUUCUGGAUCUCGCCGCGCCAGGUGUUGGUUGUGCCCGUUGCUGUGCCUUACCGGGAGUAUGCGCAGCAGGUGACGGACGAGCUGUCGAACCGUGGGCUGUACGUCGACGUCGACAACGGCCCCGACACGCUGCAGAAGAAGAUCCGCAAUGGCGAGAUCGCGCAGUAUAACUUUAUCCUCGUGGUGGGCCAAGAAGAGCUCGACAGCAAGUCCGUGAACGUGCGCAACCGCGACGACGUCGGGAGCAAGGCCAAGACGGAGAUGGCUAAGCUCGAGGAUAUCGCGGGCAAGCUUGUUGCGCUCAAGGCGUCGCGCAGCAUCCACAAUAAGCUUGUGUAG